UGGUCUCCCUCUUUUGGAGUACGUUGACGUUCGGUCCAGCUUUAGCGACGUGAUGACGUCAGAGGGAGUGUCCAAACAGAGGACAGAGAGGGGACUCAUUCUACAAUGGGAGACAGUUUUCGUGAGCAGCUGUUAGAGGACACUGCCUUCCUCAGAGCUGAGCAGAGACUGGACACAGAGCUGGUGGACAAACUCAUCCUGCAGCUCAACAGAAUCUACCCGCAGAUCCUCACCGACAAGGAGGCCUCGAGAUUCAGAAAUUUGGACGUACCAACAAGUGUUCGCCUGGGUGAGCUCCUGACACAUCUACAGGGGAAAGGUGAUGAAGCCUGCAGGGAGUUUUACAGAGCGCUGCACCUCCAUGUGGAGGAAGUCUACUACAGCUUGCCAACACGGCUACGCCUCAGAGAUUCUUUGAAUCCGCUCACAAGUCCACAGAUCUACUCACAGAGAAACGUUCUAAACGACAGAGGUCCUCUCUUUUUCCUAGGCUGUUUCGGCUUUGCUGUGGGAAUAGCUUUUCUCUAUUACUAUGGCGAAGCUAAAGUGUCGGGAGGCAGCCGAGCCCUUGGAAUGGCCGCCCUCGGUUUGAAGAGAAAAGCACAGGAGGUUCUUAUUUGGUACACCGAAGAGGGCAUAAUGAAGUAAUAAGGGUCAUCUGCAUACUUGGCGUGUCAGAAUUUCUGACACUACGAAAAAAAACCCACAUUGUUUUUUUCUGAUUUUGUACACAUUAUGAACUAUGCAAAGUACAUAUUAUUUUUGCUACUGAUAUGAAUGACAAGAGGAGACACAUUUGACACUUAGGUCACACUUUAUAUAUUGCUAAGUGGUUUAGGGAUGAAUACACUUGAGGAUAAUACUGUGCAAUAAAAUAAUGUCAAUGAUUUUUAUACAUAAAUUUACCUAAUUUCAUGCUAAUUAAAAACAAUCAAGGGAUGAUGAAUUCUUAAAUAAAAGCACCAACUUCUGCGUUUUUUUUGUUGGUGUUUGAGCUGAUAAAUGUUAGGUUAUUGGUUUUAGUCUUCACUCAAUGUAUUUCUGUAUGUAAUUUACAGUCCAUUGAGACCACAUUUUAAUAUUAUGUUUCGGAACAACCACAAACUAAUAUAUUUUAUUGGAAUUCUGCAAUAACAUACCAAAACAAUAUAGUUUAUAAAUAUAGUUUAUUUAUAAUGACUUUUUAUUUUUUUCUACCAAUAAAAUCUUUGUCAGUUUUGCACACAUAGACAUUGAAAUAUUUUUCUAAUUCUUCUUUGCCAAGUUUCUCAAGUUGUGUGAGAUGGGCUAGAAGUGUAAGACUUACUAAAAUUGUAAAGUGUAUGUUCAUCUUGUCUGCUACAAGAUGAACCUCUGAUCAGUGUCUUUUGCAGCCCUUAGCAAGUUUUCAUCCCCAAUCUCCCAGACUUUUGUGCCAUCUGUCAUCAGCUCUACCCAUCUUGCAUGUUUCUGCUGAAGAAAAAUAUCCCCUCUACAUAAUAAUUCUCCUACCACCAUAUUGGUUGUAGGCUGGCAUUGUGACAAACAUUUUUGAUUUUCAGAUAAUAUAGUGCUUUGCUAUAUAUGCGCAACGCUGAUUUACACCCAAGUCUUCUUGGCAUCUCUAACCAAGUUUACUGUGGUUGUUCACUAAUGUUCUCUAACAAUCUCCUAAAGCCUUCACAGGACAGCUGUAUUCAUAGAAAUUAAAUUACACACAAGUGGAAAAGAAAGAAGUUUGUGGUCGUAGCAUGAAAAAUAUGUGGAAUAGUUCAACUAGCAUGGAUACUUUUGCCAGGCACCAUAUGUAAAAAUGCUAAAAUUGGCGUAAGGCUUUUAUGAACAACAUAAAGCCAAGUAAAAACAGAUGGUCACAAACCUGUUUCCGUACCGCGAUUACCAUCUUGUGGACAUGAAGGAAACUACAUUAUUAAACUUGUAUUGAUUUUCAUAGGGUCUUUAAAAAAAUGUUUCUCUUAUUAAAGCAAACAAAAAUUAAAGCGUGAAAAUCUAAAUACCUACAGAUAUUGCUAGAAGUAUUUACUAAACUAAUAAUGUGGUAAAAGCGUGAAUAGUUAUCACGUGAUAGUCUCCGCCAAUAAUAUCUCGAUUUCGAACGCAGUGCAUCAUGGGUACAGUUGUUACUAGAAAAAAGGGUAAAAAGAAACAAACAAAAUUAUGAAAUUUGUUGUUAAUUAUCUAUGAGGAAUUAUCUAUGAUUGAUUUUUUCCGUAAAGUAAUACAAUUUUAUAGUCUUCUUAUCCCGGUAUGUGGAACCGUAAAUGAAACUUAGGGUGAGGGUCAGUCUUUAUAUAGUGACUGGAAAAGCUGUUAUUUAUGUGUUGUAUGAAAGGAGAGAAGGUUAGCACUCCCCUUGACAAGGAUGGAAUUGGCCCUUGUGGCCUGCAACACAUAUACGGUUAAGGCAUUGUCACCUACUUCGUGGCAUCUCUAACCAAGUUUUUUUAUUAACUUCUUUUCGGAUAGCUUUUUCUCUGCUUAUUUUAAACAUCUACAUUCAAAAGGGUAAAACCAUGUUUCCUGUAUAAAAUGUGUAACUGCAGAAAGGAAAUGCCCUCUUCUGAUUUCCCUUGACUUUGCUUCCUCUAGACAGAGCGGAAAUUUGUAACUUUUCCUGUUGGCCCACUGUGAUAUAGUUCUCGAGGGAAACUGUAGUAGUGUUCAUAAUGAAGCUCCAAACCCUUCCUGUAUUAUUUAAGCCUGGUUUGAGAGGUGGAUUACUUCUAUUGAUACAAUAUUUCCCUAACCUAUGGCUAUUUAUGGUCUUGUUGUGGGUUUUUUGUGAAAUAGGUCACACUGCAAAACAUUAUGGAUGCAGAAAUUAAUUACAAUCAUAUUAUGUUUUUACGUGGUUUGUUUUCCUUUUUUAAGAAAUUAAAGCCAUUUAGAGGGUCUUUGAAAACUAAUGCUCAAUAGUGGCCCCAUUUUUGACAUAUUUUAAAAUAUUUUCUUUAAGACAAAUGCUACAUUUUAUCUUAUGUAUUCACUGUGUCUUUUGUCAAGAUGUGUCUACUAGAGAAAUGCCUUACUUUUGCAAGUACUAUCAUUUGUACAAGCUCUGAUUUGUUUUGUAAAUAAAAACAACGGAGAGAAA